GAAGAAAAAGACGGAAGUUGGCGAAGCUUCGAGAGUGUUGUCCUGUGUCGUGUGGCGUACUCGUUGCAAGAAAACUGUCGAAAAUGUUUAAAGAGUUGGUGAAGGAGCGACUCAUGGCGGCGGCUGAUGAAAUAUUCGCGCUGUUUGAAAGAACGAUCGCGUCGUACGAGGAGGAACUUUCUCGAACAAGAGAGGAGAACGAGCGGCAUCGACAACAACUGGAAGCUGUUUGCAAGCCUCAAAUUGUGUUACACGUUGAGGACAUCCAUCAGCCGAUGGGUCGUCAAGAAUGUCCUCCUCAGUGGCAGGGAAGGAGCUCCACUUUUGAGCAGGAGGAUCCACAGCCCCCACGCGUUAAGGAGGAACCAGAGGAAUUCUGGACCACUCAGGAGGGAGAGUGUCUUCUCAGACCAGCGGAGGCUGAUCUCACCACGUUGCCACUGACUGGUGUCUCUGUGAAGACUGAAGACCAGGAAGACAAACCACCGGAGUCCUCACAGCUUCACCACAGUCACAUGACAACAAAAGCAGAAGAUGGAGGCCACCCCUUGAAGAGUCACACUGGCACCAAACCAUUUGAAUGUGCCAAAAGGCAGGCAGUGAAGUCGCAUGGAGGUCGGAAUCAACUCUCACUACAGAAGAAGAUUGAGGUCAUCAGGAUGCAUGACAAGGACAAGUUGAGCGCCCGUUCCAUCGCCGAGAAGCUGUCUAUCCAAGGUCAUCGAUGCGGGAGGACUCAAAUUCUGAACAUUCUCAAGCGCAAGAAGGAGUGGAUUGAGGAGUUUAAAAGCAACAUGCCACUCGACCGCAAGAGGAAGGUCAGGAAGACAGCAAAUGAUGAGCUCAAUGCCAUCCUCUACGAGUGGUUUAAGGACAGUAGGGCUCGGCAGCUCCCUGUGAGUGGACCUCUUCUGCAGGAGAAGGCAAAGGAGAUAGCAACCCAGCUCCAACUCGAUGAAUUCAAGGCAUCCAAUGGCUGGUUAGACGCCUUUCGUCGGCGUCACAACAUUAUCUUCAGGAAGAUGAAUGGAGAGAGUGGGUGCGUGGAGACCGCAGUAGUUGACGACUGGAAGCAGAAGCUGCCGGAUCUAUGUGACGGCUAUGCCCUUCGUGACAUAUACAACAUGGACGAGACAGGGCUGUUCUACAGGACAUCCAUCGACUCCACACUGCGUUUUAGAGGGGCAGACUGCUCUGGCGGGAAGCGGUCGAAGGAGCGCAUCACCCUGAUGCUUUGCGCAAACGCCCUCGGGGAGAAAGAGCCAGCGAUGGUGAUCGGAAAAGCAAUCAAGCCGCGUUGCUUUGGGAAGAUCGACCGGAAGGAUCUGCCUGUCGACUAUCACGCUAACAAGAAGGCAUGGAUGACCAGCAAUCUCUUUGAGAUGUUCAUGAGGAAUCUCAACAAGAAGAUGCAGCGGCAAAGUAGGAAGAUUGUGAUGCUCCUGGAUGAUGCUCCUUGUCACCCACACCUGCAGCUGUCAAACAUCAAGCUCGUAUUUGUACCACUGAACACCACCUCUAUCACCCAGCCAAUGGACCAGGGCAUUAUCCAAGCAGCAAAGCUAAAGUUCCGCAAGCGGCAGCUGAGAAGCAUCGUACAUCAGAUGGAACAGGAGCCGAGCCUGACAGCACCAGAACUCAUGAGAAACACAGACAUCCUCAAGGCCAUCUACUGGGUUGACAGAGCGUGGAAGGACACCAGCCCUGAGACCAUCCAGAAGUGCUUUACCAAGUGUGGUGUCGGCCCUCGGGACUUUGAGGCAGGGGCAGAGCAGGUGAAAUCAGAGGAGCCAGGAGAUGAAUUGGAUGCCAUGUGCCAGAAGGAGUUGAAGAUGUCCUUAGAAGAGUUGGUGGGGAUUGAUGAAUUGCUGGCGACUACCGAUCAGAAACUAGAAAACAACACAGACAAUGGAGAUGACAGUGACGAGGAGGAACCCCAACCCAGCCAACAGGAGCCAAAUCUGAUUAGUUUUUCAGAAGCAUUCAGGAGCCUUGAACAGAUUAAAACAUUGGCAGUCAGCAAGGGAUGCAUUGAGAUGCUGGAUAGGUGCACCGACUUGGAGGAGGCAGUACAGAGGGAGUGUCAGCGUCAAAAGCAGGCGGCAAUGUUUGAUUUUUUCAAGAAAGUUUAAGAUCAGCACU